AUGUAUGCUAUACCCAACCAUCCCCAGAGUAGUGGGCAAGUUGAGAUUUCUAACCACGAUCUAAAGCUUCUUCUUGAAAAAAUGUUGCAAGAGUCUCGCAAAAAUUGGUCUGACAAGCUUGAUGACGCCUUAUGGGCUUAUAGGAUGGCUUUUAAGACCCCAAUUGGGACUACACCUUUCCGUGAGAAGAGACUUCUUGAAUUUAAUGAUAUUGAUGAGAUCCGCCUAGAUGCGUAUGAGAGUAACGUGCUUUACAAAAAGAAAACAAAAAAAUGGCACGAUCGACGCAUUACUAGUAUUUUAUACAAAAAUGGUGUAAAGGGCAGAAGAAGAGCCACAAGUCACCUCCCUAAAGCUACUACUCGGGAAAAAUGCACUGUAAUACGAAAAAUGGUAACAGAACAAAAGGGAUGA